AUCAAAAUUAUUGUAUUAAUUGUCGUAAGUUGUUAGUAGUUUGCAAGGCAAUCAUGAAGGGUACCAAGAGUAUAGCUCUUCUAUUUGUGGCCCUUUUGGUCGCAGCUGAAGCCAAUAUUUCAAAAUAUACUCCAGUUGCUAGAUGGAGUCUCGGAGAAACCGCUACAGUGAACGACUAUGUUGACAAUACAAUCAGCUCCCUUAUACCGUUCAUACAGGAAAAUGGAUUGGAUCCUAUGGCAUUGCCAGACAUUGUUGAAGGAUUUUCAGUCAGAGUGUUGCUUAUCACAUACAGCGCAUGGUUGAAGCUACAGAAUGGUAGAAUGACUGGCCUUGUCAAUGUAUCUCGCUCUGGUGACCAAAAAGUGAACUACUUUGCAAAAAUGCUGCGCGUUCGAGUCGAACUUGAGUUCACCGAUUUAGAGUUCAACUACGACUAUCUAGUGAAAGUGAUGAACAUUGGGCCAACAGGUCGCAUCGUUGGAUCGCUGAGCAGUUUUAAAAUUAUCGCCGACAUUCUAAUAGAUUUCAACAAUGACGAAAUACAACUUCAACAAUUCUCGCUUACUGAUGUUGGACGUCUCCGAGUCGCAUUCCGCGGUAACAUCCUCACUGACUGGCUCGUCAACCCAGUAAUCACGGUGUUCACCACACUCUUCAACGGCGUCAUCAUGUGGACCGUGCAGCUGACCAUUCGCAACGUCGCUCAGGAUGCCAUCGUCGCUAUAAACGCUGCAAUUCGUCAAGUUGUCGACCAAAUUGAAGCCAUCGGCUCUUAAAACGUUUGAUAAAUAAAGUUAUAAAUUAA